AUGGACGAGGCAGUCCACACUAUACUCCCUGAUCCAGGUCUGAAUGAGUCCUUCAAUGGGGCUCCGCCGCUUUUCGAGGACAAUGCAUUUUUGUCGCCAGGGACAUUUUCAAGCGUCGAUGACUAUGCUGCAAACCCGAGGUUUUUGGAACUACAAGAAGAACUCCGCUGUGUGCUAUUUAGUGCAGUUUCGAGUCUAGAACCAAAUGAAUACUCCCCCGCCCUCUCAGAUCCACUGGACGGAUCCUCAUCACGGACGCGGCAGAGCCUUGACUUCACACGUGUCGCUCUUCCGAAAGUACGGUUGAUAUAUUAUCUCAAGAACUGGAUUAGCGAGUGUGCGCCUUACUUAGACAAGUUCGAUGAAUGCCGGAACUUCGGCGUCAAUAUCCCCAUAUUGUCACAGCGAUUCCCAGCUCUCCUCUAUGCAAUGCUUGCCUUUUCCGCCCGCCAGACGGAAAGGAAGUGCCGUCUCGACAAAGCUUAUGAUAGCUUAGAGCUCUACCAAGAAUCCAUUCGUCUUCUAGCACCAUGCCUGCAAGCGAGAGACCCAAACGUCCUCGUCCCAGUGUGCAUUCUCGCCGUGAUGGAGCUGAUGUCCGUUAGCCCGCGCGACUGGCGCCGGCAUGUGGAAGGCUGCGCAGCCUUGUUCGACUCUUUUAACGUGAAUGGGCUCUCAGGUGGACAUCUUCAGGCCGUAUUCUGGUGCUACGCUCGCAUGGAGCUGUGCGGCGCAAUAAUUUCCAACGGCGCGGAAAGUACCGUUCUCCCGCUCUCAAAAUGGGUGCCGGCUCUGCCCGUCCCCGCGGGGCCCGAAGAGCGCGAGUCACUCAUCAGAGACCUGUUUUACGAAAAAAGCUGCGACUCGCCGGAUAUGCAUGCUAACUGGGCUGUGUACCUGUGUGCGAAGACUUGUGAUCUCGCUUGUCGGCAAACGCGGCAUAUGGAACUUGGAGAGAUGGCGGAGGACCCUCGCCCCUUUGUGGAGCAGUGGACUGUGUUAUGGGAUGAGCUUCAGUUUUGGCUUGAGAAGAGACCUGCUGCUAUGUUGCCUAUCAAAACUACAGGGCUUGGAGGUGGGUUGAUCUUUCCUGAGAUAUUGUUUGCCCACUGGGCUGCUAUCUCUGGGAAUCAGCUGUACCAUGCAGCCUGUAUCAUGAUGCUCGAUAUGAAGCCGCCUGAAAAGGUUCUGCCGUUGUCUAAGCCAUGCUACUCUUCUAUCUGGCACGCAAGGCGGGUCUGUGGCAUCUCUCUCACAAAUCCACAUAGCGGCAACUUGAUCAAUGCGAUUCAACCGCUUUAUAUCGCGGGGAAACUCUUGAGUCACCACAGUGAACAUAUUGAAGUCGCUAGAUUGUUCAAGACGGUUGAAGAGACUACAGGAUGGGGCGCUCUUUGGAGGCUGAGAGAUCUUGAGCGUGCCUGGGGCUAUGAGCCAGGAGACAUCCUCUCGGCGAUCUGA